AUGGCACAUCCCUCCCAACUAGGCUUUCAAGAUGCAGCUUCCCCUGUAAUAGAAGAACUUCUCCACUUCCACGACCACACCCUAAUAAUUGUCUUUUUAAUUAGCACCCUGGUCCUUUACAUUAUUGUAGCUAUAGUUACCACAAAGCUUACAAAUAAAUUUAUUCUGGACUCCCAAGAAAUUGAAAUUAUCUGAACCCUUCUCCCAGCACUAAUUCUAAUUCUGAUUGCCCUCCCAUCCCUACGCAUCCUGUACCUAAUAGAUGAAAUUAAUGACCCCCACCUAACAAUUAAAGCCAUAGGACACCAAUGGUACUGAAGCUAUGAAUAUACUGACUACGAAGACCUGGGAUUUGACUCGUAUAUAAUCCCCACGCAAGACCUUACUCCCGGCCAAUUCCGGCUUCUAGAAACAGACCACCGAAUGGUAAUCCCUGUAGAGUCCCCAGUUCGAGUCCUAGUCUCUGCCGACGACGUUCUCCACUCAUGAGCCGUCCCAAGCUUAGGAAUUAAAAUAGACGCAGUCCCCGGCCGUCUAAACCAAACAGCCUUCAUUACCUCUCGCCCAGGGGUUUUCUACGGCCAAUGCUCAGAAAUCUGUGGUGCAAAUCACAGUUUUAUGCCUAUCGUUGUUGAAGCCGUUCCUCUUGAACAUUUCGAAAAUUGAUCCUCCCUAAUACUUGAAGACGCCU